CAUCAUCCUGGGAAACAGAUGCUUUAAUGAUGAACUGUGCAUGAGUUCAGUCACUAAAGAGUGCAAGAGAGCAUGUGGAACGGUCGAAGGAUGGAAUCUUGCUCUUGUGGACACACCUGAUUUUAUUGACUCAGAUCAAACACUUAAACAAAUAAAGCAUUGCCUGGCCUUGUGUUCUCCUGGUCCUCACGCGUUUCUGCUCGUCAUACCAAUAGAGCGAUAUACAGAGGAGCAGCAGCGCACCGUAGAAAUGAUUCUGGAGAUGUUUCGUGAAGAUAUUGACAAUCACAGCAUCCUGAUAUUCUCACACGCCGACAGACUCGGAGGAGAAUCCAUCGAAAGUUUCCUUUCGAAACAAAAUCGAAAAGUUCAAGACCUCGUGGAGAGAUUUGGGAGGCGUUUCAUGGCCUUCGACAACACAAACCCUACAAACCCAGAACAAGUGAGUCGACUCCUGCAGAAAGUGAACGAGCUGCUGGCUGUGAAUGAGAACCGUCACUUCACUAAUGAAGUUACAGAAGCAAUGCAGGAAGCCCAAAGGAUAAUAGAAGAGAUAAGAGAAACUGAUAUGGCUGAAAGAAAGAAGAAUAUCAAGAGGCAGGUCAGAAAAAUGGCUGAUGCUCGUUGGCGUGCGUUUAUUUCUUACAUGAAUGAAGAAAAGCAAGAAACUGAACAAAGAAGGAAACGCAUUCAAGGCAGGAUUGAUCAGACUGAGAUGGAUAUAAAGAAGGAAGAACAGAAUGUGCGACCGAUUCCAGAAAGACUGAGUCGGUUCAGAGUAUCUCUGCAGAAAGAGCUGGAGAACAUGGGACAACUGGAGGAAAGACGGAUGAAGGAGGAGAGAGAGAGAAAGGAAAGAGAAGAGAAAGAAAAGAAGGAUCUAAAGAUCUGGAUCCAAGAAGAGGAGCAGAGGAGACUAAACGAAGCAGGACAGAAGAAUCUACAUUCUUCAGAUGACUGUAAAAUGAUACUUUGGAUAACUGUCUUCAUUCUGGGGUUUGUGAUCGUAUUCUUGCUAUUGAUCAUAGUGUAUCUGAUAUUUUCUCAGCAGUCAGAUUGUAAACAAAGUUUUUGGAGUUUUUCUUUUUUUAAGACAGCUUCUUGAGUUUUGAAAGGAAAGCUGAGUCAGGAAUGAUGACCCACUGCAGCACUCAGUGAAGCGCAAAGUAUUUUUAAGUGCAAUGUACUUUAAAAAUCCAAAUCCAAAAUGAUUUUCUCAUUUAUUUUUAAGCAUCUAAUUUGGGUUUUCAGUAGCAAAAACUCUUGAGUUUGCAGGGUUAUUAUAGGUAAAAGUUCAUAUAUAAAAACAUAAUAAACAUUAACUGAAAUAAAAUACAUACAUAAUUUCUCAAGCUAUAUAUUUCAGCU